GGCGGCCCCGCGCAGCCGCUCCCUCGGCGGGGCCGUGGGGAGCGUGGCGUCGGGGCCCCGCGGCGCGCAGUCCUCCUUCAACAUCCCCAACAGCAGCAGCGGCCCGUACGGCUCGCAGGACUCGGUCCACAGCAGCCCCGAGGACGGCGGCGGCGGCAGGGACCGGCCGGCGGGCGGGGGCCCCGGUGGGCCGCGCCUGGUGAUCGGCUCCUUACCAGCUCACCUCUCGCCGCACAUGUUCGGAGGAUUUAAGUGCCCUGUAUGCUCAAAAUUUGUACCCUCAGAUGAAAUGGAUUUGCAUCUUGUGAUGUGUUUAACAAAGCCAAGAAUAACAUAUAAUGAGGAUGUACUGAGUAAAGAUGCUGGGGAAUGUGCAAUAUGCCUUGAAGAGCUGCAGCAGGGGGAUACUAUAGCACGACUGCCCUGUCUAUGCAUAUAUCACAAAGGCUGCAUAGAUGAAUGGUUUGAAGUAAAUAGAUCUUGCCCUGAGCACCCUUCAGAUUAAGCAUCAGCUUCCUGUUUUUUAGAUGCUUGAAAAACCAAGAGGAUAUGAGGAUCUGUCUCUGGAAAAACAAAAACAAAAAUGCAGGCAUACUCAGCCAGAAAUCUGAGUUCUGUGAGACUUGGAAAUGCAGAGAUGGACAAUCAUACAGGAAAAAAUCCUGCUGCAGAGAGGACAGUUGCUGCAGAACUCAGUGUACCAAACAUGCAUAUAAAGGACACACAGGGAUUUUGGAAAUGCUGCACAUCCCUAAAUAGUUAUCUACAUAGGUAAUACUGAUAAACAUUUUGUAUUCAGACGCCAAAGUUAACUGAUCUAAAAGUUGAUUUACUUUUUAUUAAGUUCUCUAGAGCUGCGCAACUCAUUGUGUUUUGAUUUAUUGUGUUUUUUAGUUUGGGGUCUCUUCAUUUUCCCCCAACAUGAUGUUUCUGCAUUCAUCUAUUCUUAAAUAAUUUAAGACCACAUAAUUUACUUCUUAUAAAUUAAAGUCUUAAAUGUGAAACCAAGAAAUGUAAUCAAGAAGUAAAACAUUCUCUGAAUGUAGACCAUGAUCUCAAGUUCUUCUAUUUUUUUCCCCAAGAGUGGAAAAUAGACUUCUACAUAGGAAAGCUAAAAUAUGUUAAUAUUUUAAAUUAAAGGUUUAACAUUAUCAGAAUGCAGUCCAAAGACUAGAAUCAAGUUACAUAAUUACAUUUUAAUUAAUUAAAUCUAGGAUUGUCUACUGAAUUGCAAUUUAUUAAAUACAUUGUUUCCUCUUAAAACUGCUCAACAGUUAAUCAGCAAUGAAUCAUCUUGCAGCUAUGCAACUUUUAAAAAAAUAAGAAUUACCAAUUUUAAGUGCUGCCAGCUACAAUAACUUUUGUUUUAACGGGUAUUUUUGUUUGUUUUUUUCAUGUAAUUAUUUUAUUGUGCUUUGCAUCUCCAGGAAGUUUUCCCACAUUUGGGUGAAAUGUUUAGCAGGUUAUAAACUUAAUAACUUAUGAAAAGGGUAAAAUAAAAUUUUCUUGAGUGGAACUUGGAAUAAUUUGAGGGAUAUUUUAUAUACUUUUAAAAAUCAGAAUUUAAUUGGGAUGCCAGAUUUAUAGCAAUUUGCAUCUUUAAUUUUCCAGGUAAUCUGGAGGUUAGUGUUUGAUAAAUGAUUUUUUUAAAGCAAAUAUGAAGAUUUUGUUAAUUUAUAAUUUAUUAAUGUGUUAUUACUGUAAUUGAAAAAUGUUAUAGAGACUUUUAAAUUCAGUCUUGUUUAGAAAGAAAUGUAUUAAGCAAAAUUAUGUGAAUAAAUAUUCCCACAAAA